CAUUUGUGAGCUGUUGUGCCGGCGCGUUUGAACGCCUCACUGACCCCGCCCCUCAGUCGCUGUCCUCCGCUGAAGUCCCCAGAGUUUUACAGCAGCUGGGUGUCACCGGCGGAGCUCUGCAUUCUACACAACAGUCAGGUCCACGGCCCCCCGAGGAGGUCACUCUCUUUCUGCGUCCCCUCCCUGUCUUCACUUUUCACUUCGGGUGGACGCUCCGCAACUCCAUCCGCUCGCCAGGAUGUCUCCGUCCACGUCCCCCCGCUGCUUCACGGAGAGGGAGGUGGCCCGCCACUGCACCAAGGACUCCUGCUGGGUGCUGCUGGGGACCAGGGUGUACGAUGUGACCGCCUUCCUGCGGAUGCACCCGGGCGGGGAGGCGCUCCUACUUCGCCGGUCGGGCAAGGACGUAAGCCAGGAGAUGGAGGGACCCCCGCACAGACACUCGGAGAACGCCCGGCGGUGGAUGGAGCAGUACUACAUCGGGGAGUUGGACACGAACAGCCGCACCGACGAGGCACAGACUCUGAGAGAGAGGAGGAAGGAGACGGAAGAGACGGAAGGAAAGAAGACAGACUCCAAGGUGGAAGACGAGGAUGAGAACUCCCCGUACAACCUCUGCAGCCCUGUAGACCUGGAUAAGGAUCUGGUGGACUGGCGGAAGCCUCUGGCGUGGCAGGUGGGUCACCUCGGGGAGAAAUAUGACGCGUGGGUUCACCAGCCCGUCGACAGACCCAUCAGACUGUUUGGAAACCCGUUGCUGGAGGCCGGCACCAAGACUUCCUGGUACUGGGUUCCAGUGGUGUGGAUGCCCCUCGUGUUAUAUCUCAGCUGGUACUGCUACACGACGCUGGCCAAGGGCAACAGCAGGAUAGACGUCACCUCAGAUUUCUCCAUCACGAUCCAUAAGUACUCGUUCCCGCUGCUGUUUCUGCUGGGCUGGUUCUUGUGGUCAUUCAUCGAGUACUGCAUCCAUCGCUUUGUCUUUCACAUGAAACCGCCAGCCCAUAAUUACUACCUCAUCACGCUGCACUUCCUCCUGCACGGGCAGCACCACAAGUCUCCGUUCGACGGCUCUCGCCUGGUCUUCCCGCCCGGCCUCGCCUCCUUAGUGGUGGGAUGCUUCUACGGCGUCCUCCACAGCACCUUCCCAGAGAUGAUCGGGCUGUGCUUGUUCGUCGGAGGACUGUGCGGCUACGUCGUGUACGACAUGAUCCACUACUACCUUCACUACGGCGCGCCCAAGAGAGGCUCGUACAUGUACAGCCUGAAGGCCUACCACGUCAAACACCACUUUGAACACCAGCGAUCAGGUUUCGGAAUCACCACCACGUUCUGGGACCACCCCUUCCACACAGUCAUCCCCGACGAGGAGUUCUAACGCAGACCCGGCUCUUGUGUAGGGCCUCAGGACUUGUUGUUGUUAUAGUCGCCGGCCCUCAUGCUCCCAAAAAGCCCACUGAUGCCGUUUUAUCACAUGGUUCCGUCUCUGCAGCCACAGCUUCCACAGCUUCCACAGCUUCCACAGCUUCCUCAGCACAGGACAGAAACGUCCACGUCUGCACGCGCCUGGAACCUCUGCGCUGUGCUGUCGCCCCAAACCCCCCGUGCGUCACAUCCAGCCAUCGACUCUUCCUUCAUUUUCUGCAUCUGAACUCCUCACUGCAGUGAUGUCUGCACAGCUGCGCGGCCUCUCUGUGCUAUUUUAUUUUUUAUUUUUUUAACUUUUUUUUUAACUAAACUGGUAAACACCACUGCUGCACUCACCUGCCAGCCACGCCCUCCCCUCACUAAGCUGCUCAGCUGGAGUUUGUUGGGCCAUAGAGAGAAUGUAAGGGAGACACACACACACACACACACACACACACACACACACACACACACAUAUAAAGCAAAACAUGUGCAAAAAUCAGCAUCUUCUUUGAUUGUUAUUGUUUUAUGUUUUGUUUUAAAUAAUAUAUAAAAAAAUUCAAACCAUCUCCAAAUACAAAAU